GGGCUACGUAGCAACGACUGCUCACAUACACUCAACGUGCGGAAGAAUACUACUUUAAUCGAGGGACUACGUUUUAUCAGCGCAGACGUUGUGACUGUUUACUAUCACAAUAACAACCAACAUGGCGGACGAAGAAGCUACAGCUGGAAGUGACAACAUUGUCACAGAAUAUAACACUUAUGAAGAUUUUCUCGACUCACAAAUAACGUCACUGGAUUUGUACUAUCUUGAGGAUGAAGAGCUUGCAAGACAACUUGUGGAACUUGGAUAUCGUGGAAGUGGAGAAGUCCUUAAACGAGAAGAGUUUGAAGCAAGAAAAGCUGCUGCUGAAGCUAGCAGGUUGUCCAAAAGAAGUCAACAAAAGACACUAGCAAGCUCAGGCAAAGACUUGAAAAAUCUCUUUUUAAAAGCAUUAGCACAAAGGGAAGAAGCUAAUCGAAGUGGAAAGAUGACCACAAUUAUAUUCAUCCGAGAUAAAAAUGCACGAGGUCAGGAAAUCUCAGGUUAUAUAGACUACGCCCAUAGAUUAAAAACUGAAGACUUUGAACCAUAUUUCUCUUGUAGGAAGCGACUGUUACCAAGGCCUUCAGAUCUCAGCUUCUAUAACUGGGAAACACAGACGUCUACAUCCAAUCCAACACCCAAUUAUCAAGUCAUUGCUGAAAACGCUUCUGGUUUAUUGUUUAAAAACAAAAGAGAUCGUAAGAUACUUAAUGUUGAUCCAAAGGCCCCAACACCUGGAGACAAUUCUACUCGAACAGUGCUUGAAUGUCGUCAAUACACACAAGUUGUCAUAUACGAUCAUAUUACGAGACGAAAAACAUGAAAUGUCUAAUUGAAACCUAUGUUUAACUUGUACAUAUUGUUAUUAUUCGUUUCUUCUUUUAUUUUCUUUACGAAAAAUGUGUAAUGCUUUUUAAACUUCCAAUAUCUCAAAGUUCAACUAGGUAUAGUGGUCCCAUGUAACAUAAUCCAGCAUGUGCAAAAUGCAUUGUUUGCUUACUGAAUGACACCUAUGGCACUUUUAUAAAUAUUAUUUGAGAUAAAUGAUGUAUCCUGCAUACAGUAAAACACGUCUUUUUAGCAUGUUAUUUUAGCUAAUUUACCAGAUCCAUAAUUUUACUAAUUCAAGACGUCAUUAAUUUAAAAAAAAGUAUAAUCCCCCAAUGAUAUAGUUGGCACUUUAUUUAAAUUAAGUUCGCUAAAAUAGCCUGUAGCUAUUUCAACAUGUUUUACAGUAAAUUCUACUAAAGCAUUCUAUAAUAUACAUUAUUAUAUUAAUCACCUUUUUUCUGUAUGUUUCUGUAAAAGUGUCAUAGUCAGCCAGUUGUAAAUUUAUUUAAAACAACCAUUCUUUAGUUCACUUGCAAUUACUGGUGGGGAUUAAUUAUUUAGCUUUACAGACCUGAGUUAGAAAUUACCAUCCGAGAAAUGGUUGCCAUGGUGAACUGAAUAUAUGUAGUAGCUGUUUGUUUUAUUGUGCUAAAUAAAAGACUACCGGUACUA